GAAAAAAUGAAAUUUUACUUGAAUUUGAUGCCGCAUGCGUUGCUUCUGUUUAAUAAAAGCCGUUCGAAAUGGAACGUCACUGAUGACGUUGCAGCGCAUGCGCACACUAAUCGCCACCUUCGGAAAUACAUCCGGGUAGCCUUGGAGAAAAACAAAAUUGAUAAUUAUUGCAACUAUUUAAUGUGAACGACGCAAAGAUUAAGUGACAGCGAGAGACAGUUUUAUUCAUUCAUUUAUUCUUCAGUCAGGACAAACUCAUCUUAGUGAACUUCCGAAUGUUCUCGUGCUAGCUUAGCUUGCUAGCUGCUAACAAUGAGACCAGGAAGUUAGCAACACAUCGCUAAGCAGAACUCAAGUUGUGAAAAAGAAUGAUAGCAGAGUACGAGGAGGAACUUUCUCGAAAAGAGGAGAACGCAACGAGCGACAACGUCAACUCCUGGACGCAGUUUUCAAGAAGCCUCUAGUUGUGUUACACAGAGCAGUCAUCUUCCCCCUCGAGGAGCAGGAUUGGAACUCUAGGAUGGAGCAGGUGGGCCCACAACCUCCCCACAUUAAAGAGGAAGAAGAGGAGUCACAGCCCUCCCGCAUUAAAGAGGAAAAGGAGGAGCCACAGCAUCUCCACUUUAAAGAGGAAGAGGAGGAUCACAGCAUCAGUCAGGAGGGAGAUCAUCUUGAAGGACUGGAGGAGUUCAAAGUGAUUGGUGUCACUGUGAAGAGUGAAGAUGAUGAAGGUCAAAGUGAGGAGGAUAGCGAGGUGGAGCCUCCAAGCAGCAGCUCAACUCAACACAUGACAACAGAAGCUGAUGGAGACCACUGUGGAGGAUCACAAGCACACAACCUCUUAGCUCCACUAUCAGAUAGUGACGACACAACGUCACACUCUCCUGACACUAAUGAUGAAGACUCUGAAGCUGAUAUGACAUGUCACACUGACAACACACACUUUAAAUGCUCUCACUGUGACAAAACUUUUGUUAACAAGGGAAAUCGGAAACUGCACAUGAGACAUCACGCAGGCGAGAAACCUUUCACCUGCUCGGUUUGUGGUAAAAGAUUCUCCCAGCAGUCGUAUUUGAAAGUGCACAGAAGAAGACACACCGAAGAGAAAGCUUUUCCUUGCACGGUGUGUGGUAAAAGAUUCAACCAAAAAGCUGAUUUAAAUAGGCACACAAAAGUACACAGUGGAGAGAAGCCUUUUUCCUGCUCAGUUUGUGGGAAAGGCUUCAUUGAUAAGUCACAUUUGAAAAUACACACAAGGAUACACACUGGAGAGAAGCCUUUUCCUUGCACGGUGUGCGGUAAAAGAUUCUCUCAAAAAGGUAAAUUAAAAACACACACAGUACUGCACACUGAAGAGAAACCUUUUCUUUGCUCAGUUUGUGGUCAAGGGUUUCUUUACAAGUCACAUUUGGAACUACACACAAGAAUACACACUGGAGAGAAACCUUUUCCAUGUACAGUGUGUGGUACAACAUUCUCCAGAAAGAGUUAUUUAGUCAGACACACAAGAAUACACCUUGGAGAGAAAACUUUUCUUUGCUCAGUUUGUGGUAAAGGGUUUCUUUAUAAGUCACAUUUGGAAGUACACACAAGAAUACACACUGGCGAGAAACCUUUUACGUGUACAGUGUGUGGCACAACAUUCUCGAGAAAGAGUUAUUUAGUCAGACACACAAGAAUACACCUUGGGGAGAAACCUUUUUCCUGCUCAGUUUGUGGUAAAGUAUUCCUAAAGAAGUCACAUUUGGUUGUACACACAAGAAUACACACAGGAGAGAAACCUUGUCCUUGCUUGGUGUGUGGUAAAAGAUUCUCCAAAAAAAGUGACUUAGACAGACACACAAGAAUACACACUGGAGAGAAACCGUUUCCUUGUACAGUGUGUGGUACAACAUUCUCGAUAAAAAGUCAUUUAGACAGACAUGCAAGAGUACACAGUGGGGAGAAGCCCAUUCCUUGCUCAGUUUGAGGUGUGGGGUUAAUUGAUAAGUGGAGAGAAACCUUUUCCUUGCACGAUAUGCGGCAAACAAUUCUGUAAA